UAGCCCGCAUCGCGAAAAUUAAAGUGCUCAGUCCGUCAAUCGCAGUGGACGGGUUGCGCCGAUUAAAAUCAAUUCGUUUACGCGCCAAAAUUGGUAUCAAAUAUGUAUGUCCAAUUUUUAUAACUGUCUAUUAUGUCGUUGAAUUCUUGUAAUAAUGAGGAGUUGGAGCCCCUUUUACGGUCCACCCAAGGCCCUGAAGAAUCUCGUCGUUCUUUGUGGCUGGCUGUGGAAUUGCCACUUUUUCUUUUGCUGUUCAGUUCAUCUCUCACAGACACCGUGACCUACAACCUGCUUUUAUACCGCACCUGCAUAGUCGACCUUGACCACAACUCAACAAAAUGCUCUCUCCUGAACAUCCUCAACAAGACGCCGGGGAAGCCAAAGACCUGGAGACCGAAGUGCAGUCCGAGGCCUCUAUUCUGGUGACCAGUAUAUCCGUCUUUAGCAGCAUAAUGCCAGCUGUUCUGGCUGUUUUCUUAGGAUCCUGGUCCGAUAAGUAUGGGAGGAAGCCGUUGGUGGUCUGGCCGCUUUUCGGACUAUUCCUAAGUUCUGUAUUAACAAUUGUAUUCAGCGCAGUGCAAUAUUUAAGUGCAUAUUGGUUCAUUCUCUGCAUAAUGCCAUUGGCCAUUCUUGGCGGAUUUAACACCCUCAUGUUGGGGGCUAAUCUGAUCAUUACAGAUAUCACUGAUGAUCAGGAUAGAUCUUUCAGAUUGGCACUAAUACAGGGAUGUGGCUUUACCGGGGUUCUCACAGGAACCGUUGCUUCAAGCUACAUAUACGAUUUCUUGGGAUAUACUCUCAUGUUUACAUUGUCUGCUGCCAUUUAUUUCUUCACAUUACUAUAUACUAUUGUGUUGGUGGAAGAGACUGUUGGCAUAGUUGACAGAGUCUAA